UCUCACCGGUGGCGGCGGGCGUCAGCAGAGCCGUUGCCACAGUCACAGUGCCUCCUCCGCGGUCAUCCCAGUGUUUCGCAGAGCGUGGUUGAGUAAAGAUAUUUCCCCUCUGAAAGCUACAGCAAAGAAAAAAAAUAAAUAAAAAUUGAAGAAACUCAAUAAGACUCAAAGAUUAGCAGAACGACCACAAUGACGGGCCAGUUUUGAGUUACAAAUUCCGACAGUUAGCACAUCUACGAAUCAAACUAUCAGAAAUAUCUUUUAUUUCGUCGUCGCAAGUGCAAAUACAAAAUAACGAGGCUGACGAAGAUUUGGUUAAGUGAGAAAGUCCUUUGGUUUGUUAUUGAUAUUUCGUUUCGUUACACCGACAGAAAGAACUUAAGCCAUGUGAAAAGCUGGGAGGUGGACAUACUUCUUUAACGGGAAAUAAAAUGGAGAGAAGGAAAAUAACGAUCACUAAUAAAAAGAAAAGUUUUUUUUGACUGAUAGCGAACAUGAGAACUAGUGAGCUGCAGCUUAUCAGCCAUAAAGCUGGCAUUUAGAACGGAAGAAAUAUAGAUUUUCACAGUGACGAGACAAUUUAAAAAGGAUUACCUGUGACAAAGAAUAUAACAACACUUGUUGAAAAGCUAGCAGAAACUAAACAACAGGGGAUAGGUCAUAAAAAAAUGAACGUUUUGCUAAAGAAUAUAACGAAUGAUCCUAACAAAAGUCGCUUAGAAAUUCAGGAAAGAAGUGAACACUGAUAAAAAGCAUAGCUUUUUUGGACCAGAAAUAAAAUCUAUGACCAAAAUAUUCACGAUUUCUUAGAAAUGAGACACUGCGCGCAGACAUAAAUUCAGUAUCAUAAGGAAAAUUGACGGAGAAGAAAUGGAAGACAUUGUCGUUUUAGCAAGAGCGGAAUGAAAAUACUAGUGUUACGGCUUUAUCAGGUGCUAACGAUGUUUCCAAAAAUACAUUUGAACUAAGAUCAUCUCUCUUCCCAUGCAGCGUGUUAACAAGGUCAUAAUAAAUAUGAGACAUUAGCGAAAAUAAAUGUCUAACUAGGUCAGAUCAUAAAGUGCAAAAAUCACUUGACAACUGAAACAUUUACAUACUUUUUUUCUUUUAUUGGGGGAGGGAUAAAGUGCGAGUUAAAAUAAGUGGAAGUCAAAUCACUCCUUUUGUUGUCAAGACUGCAACUAUGAACAAGUGAAAACAACAAACACUGAGUCAGAUCUGAUCUCAUAAAAACAAAAGAGAAAACGUGGAAUGACUCACAAAGCAAACUGAAAGCAGAGCAAGAUAAACGAAAGCUGAUGAAAACGUCUAGUCAUCAAACUGGGAACAGCCAAACAAGAAGCGUCUGCCUGAAAGCCGUCACAAAGUUUUGAAGGCCUUAGUUACCAUGGGAUUCAAAGGGAUUUCUAAGAGAACGGAACACUGUCUCAUCUGGAUCAUGAUGCCACCAAUCGCACAGGAAUUUCUUUGUCAUUGACAGCCAGAGACGCCGCAAGUUCUUGGACAAAGAACAAACAUACCAUUUGCUCCAUCUGCCCUUGUUCUAAAAAAUGUUUUUCUUUAGUUAUCGACAAAUUGUUCAUUUAAGCAAUCUAUAGAGAAAUCGUUACCUUCUAAAAGCCAUUUCAAUAAAAUUCAUAAACUUUAUACAGCCAUUAAGGCAGUACGCCUGCUCUACCGACGAUUCUGCAGCCAAAACAUCGAAGUCGUAGGCAACCAGAUCUGAAAAACACGCGUCAAUAACACCUCUCUCGAAGUUUUCCGAACACAAGACAUAAAAGGAAUCCAUUUUUUUUUUCUUUGGAAGAAGCUCACCUAAUUGGAUCCCAUAAAACUCCGAAAGAGAGGAUAAUUAGAGGAGAGAUCUGAGGGGCGGCAUCUUGAGUGCCCCUUUUAACGGAGAUAUUCUCAAGAGGGACAGUCCUUCAAAACACCUGACCCCAAUGAUGUCUGUAGGCGAUGAAGAUUGGCUCCCCCACAUGGAAGAUCUGGAGGCUUACAUCUCCAGGGAGGAGCUGGUGUCUAUCUUCCCGAACCUGACCAAUGAACAGGCCAACUACAUCCUCACGGUCCUCUCCUCCAUUCACAAUGGCACCAUCAACCCACAGGCCAGUGCCGAACCCGUCCCGCCGGAGCACGCCUCUUGCAAUGUCGGCUUCAGGGACAGCUAUAAGGAGAUCCAUGGCUACUUGGCGGUCGUCAUCUGCGUCCUGGGCUCCAUCACUAACGUUCUAAACAUGAUUAUCCUGACGAGGAGGGAAAUGAUCAAUUCGACCAACACCAUCCUGACGGGACUGGCCGUUGCCGACUUCAUGCUCCUGGUGGAGUAUUCCAGCUACGCGGCAUCCUACAUCAGAGGACAGGAGGAAAUGUUCGAUUCAUACUACCAUUCGGUUUUCAUCCUAUUUCACGCACACUUCACCCAGGUCACGCACACGAUAGCCAUCUGCCUGACGAUAACGCUGGCGGUGUGGCGCUACAUAGCCAUCUGCAAGCCGCACCUCAACCUCUUCUUGUGCACCUUGCCCAGAGCCAAGAUGGCGGUUUUAGUGGCCUACGUUAUAUCGCCUAUUCUUUCCGUUCCGAACUACCUGAUGUAUUCUAUUCAUCAGCAGUACGACAAGCGCAGAAACGAGUCGCUGUACCUCGUGGACUUCAGCGAGAGAGCCAAGAACGGGCCUCUCCAGACCAUCCACUUCUGGCUGUACAGUGUCAUCAUCAAAAUACUGCCUUGUAUUCUCCUCACCAUUCUCAUCAUGCUCAUCAUACGAGCCAUGUACAUAGCCAAGAGAAGGAAGGAAAAUCUUAUCAAGAUGGGUACGCCCUCCAUGGAGGCCGACCGGAAGCUGCCUCGGAUGGAGAAGCUGACGGAGAAGACGACGAAGAUGCUGCUGACAGUGCUCCUGCUCUUCUUGGUCACAGAACUGCCACAGGGCAUCCUGUCGCUGCUCUCGGGCAUUUUCGGGCAUGCCUUCUUCGUGCAAUGUUACCAUCACUGGGGCGAAGUCAUGGACCUGCUGGCUCUCAUCAACGGGGCUGUGAACUUCUUCCUCUACUACAUCAUGUCUCAUCAGUUUCGCCUGACGUUCCGCUAUUUCCUCCACCCGCCGCCGCCUCUCAAUCUCUCGCCGAGAAUCCCGGGGGAGACGGUCUCCACUCAGCUUUAAGGAGCAAUUUCAUCUUCAAACACACUCACUCAGCCAUUUCACUCCCUAUCUCUUCCGAACGCACGAGCGGGCACGCGUGCACACAAACACACGUUCGAGAAACAAUGUGUGGUUUAUCUCCGGGGUCACCCUUCAGGU